AUGGCGGCAACUGCCGAGGAAAACGUUGGGAGGAGAGAAGCCUCAGCAGACCUGGACCUCCCUGAAAAGGAGAAGGAAAUAAGGGCUAAAGUGGAGAUCAGGCGUCUGCAGACCCAUUUCCACCAUGAAGCCUACAAGAGGAAAUUCUUCGAUGCCGAUAUCUGGCGGCAAAUGCAGGCUCAGGAAAAAGCAAUAGAUGAUCUGAAGCAAGAGCACAGACAUGUGACAUUAACGCUGAGCCAGAUCUAUUCACCGAACAGCGUGUUGCUGGAAAACAGAAAUCGUAUGAAGGUCCGAAGCCUUUUGCAGACCAGAAUGCAGAAUGAUGCCCUGAUCAAAGAAAGAAAAGCCCAGUUAGCUGACCUGGCGAAGCAGGUUGUAGAGCUGGAAAAAAAGAUAGUGAAUCAAAGAGACACAACCUGGAGGGCGUUGGAAGCAAAGAGCCACAAACACCUGCAGAAGAAGAUUGAGUUACUGGAGAUGCGUCUGAGUCAAGUAAGGAAACAUUUUUGGAGACUUUUGGAGAACAUGUGUGGGGUCACACAGCGGCCUGGGACCCUUCUGGUCAGGACAAAGCUCAGUGGUGCAAAUGUAUUUGUUCCACAGCUUUUGCUUUGCUCUCCCCAGGCCACUGUGCGUUACAACAACAUCAUGACCCGGAACAACAGGCUCCGAGAGGAGACUGCCAGCCUGCAGAUCCAGAAAGCCAUUUAUGACAACUGCUACUGGAAGCUGGAAAAAAGUCUGGUUCAGCAGAACAAAUUGCUGGAUGCUGCUAUUGAGCAAGCCACUGAGGACUACGAGCAGUGGUACGUGGCCUUGUCAGCCCUCUGGGCAGCGCUUGGGGCUGAUGGGUGGUGCCAGUGUCUGGGUGCUAAGGGUUGGGUGCCUGGAGAGCUGGGGACAUCACAGGGGUUUUGGCAGGUCUGGCCCUCCUGGGAGUGGCCAGGAACACAGAGCCUUGUACACACACGAGGUGUGAGUGCUGCUCUCACGUGCAGGAUGGAGGAUCUGGGGCGGAUCUCGGACAUUCGGGACGUGCGCUGCAGAGAAACCAUCCAGUACAACAUCAGGCUGCUGGAGAGGAAAUGUGCCCUUCACCAGGAGAGCAGGCUGAAAAACUUCUUCCUCAGCAAAUGUGCAGAUCUCUCUGUAUUGAAGGAACAGGCCAAAGAAAGAGAAGCCUUUGAGGCAGCUGAGAGGGCCAAAAGGAGCCAAAAGGAGAGCUAUGAGGUGGCCUACAAGCGUCUGCUGGAGCUGUCGGACGGAGACAUCGAUGAUUUCUUGGAGGACUUCCUUGAAAAGGACAGGAGAUUCUUCAUCCUCUUUAACUAUGCCAUUAGGCUGAACGUCAGGAAUGAGGGCCUCAGGCAGCGGAUCGAGGCGAUCCAGGAUGACAUGAUGGCCAUCAGCACGGAGCGGGAACAGGCGGAGACAGCCCGGACUCACGUCCUGCAGGAGCUGGAGGCAAAAAUAGCGGAGAUCACCGAGGAAGCCAACAAAUAUGAGAACAACUGCAAGGAGAGCAGCAAACUCCUGGGACAGAUCCAGUCUCGCAUUGAGACCCUCUUGAAGGACAUGGACUGCGACACUACAAAGAUAGUGAAGCCUCUUGGGGACAGCUUGGUGCCAGUUUUUGGUAGGCCACCACCCUGGGAAGUCCUGUCCACCACCUGCUUGCACUGUCUCUGGGGGAGGGAAGCCAGUGGAUCCCCUGCUCUGCAGACAGCCAGGGGUGGGUUUGGGCAGGGUCCAGGUGCAAGGACACUGCAGGACACUGUGGCUCCUUCCCACCCAGGUCCCGUGGAGAACAAGAUCAAGGAGUUCCUGCUGAAGGAGUCCUUGCUGCGCUACACGUCCAUCGACCGCACCCAGCGCGCCCAGGCCUUCGUCAGCCCCCUCCGGGGAGCCUCCAGCCUCCUCUGGACCAUGGACAGGGCCAAGCUCUGCCCACCUCCCCCAGACCUGGAGGAGACCACUGACCCCAAAACCGGUGAGCAGGGAGAGGGGAGAGAGGGGCCAUGGCUGGGCAGCAGCCGUUCCCCAAUCCCCUGAGGCUGCCUGGCCAAGCCCUGCUUCCACAUGUCCUUCCCAGCCCAUCCCCUCCAGCCUGUCCUGCCCCGCCGGGGGGUAUGAGGCCUGUAAAACUGUGUAUUAUGGAAUGGCCGUUCUCUUGGGCAGUGGAAGAGCCGCUGGGUCGGGCUCAGCUGCGUGAGCUCGUUAUCCAGAGGCAGCAGGAGGAGGUGAGCAGGCCCCCCAGCUCGGGCAAGAGGAGGAGGAGAUUCACAUCACACAGUGCAUCAGGGACCAGGAGCCCAUCAGGGAUCAAGAGCCCAUCAGAGAAUUAAAGAUGCUGUUUCAUUCUUGUGCUUCUGCAUCCUGCACGUCAUUCCAUCUUCCUUCUCUGGAAGGAGCCCAACACCUUUCACAGGCUUCAGAACCUCACCAGGUGAUGUUUUGGCAUGGCUUCACCCACUUGUGACAGCACCCGCGGCCAGGGUGGGAUCAGCUGCUCUAGCAGAGGGUGGCAUCCCUGUCACACAGCCUGAGGCACUCCCCACAGACAGAGAUGGGGACCAUGGUGCCAAUCCUGCGCCGUGCCUGAGGGCAGGGCCUGCCCGGUGGGAUGCAGGGGAUGCAGGGGAUGAGUGUGCUCAUGUCUGCUAAGCUGGCAGAAGCUGACAACUCUCUGCUGCCUAAAGGAAAUCUGAGCUCAGCUGGCCCUGGGCUGUGGGACCAGGUGGGAUGGGCACAGCCCAGUGGGAACGGGCUGGUUUGGGGCUGGGAGUGGGACUGGGAGGCAGAGGGAUUCAAGGACACAUAAGGGUCACGUGCAGCAGGUCUGGGGCGCUGAGGCCAGCAGGGUCUGGAAGGAUCUGAGGGCUCCCGCGGGGCACAGGCACAGCACACCAGCCCAAGCACUGCUCACACCAGCAGCUGGGUUUCCUCUUGCCAAAAGGCCGUUUAAUGUGAAUGCCAUUCCCGUGCCAAGUUCCCAGGCACAUGCCUCUCCAGGGGAAGAGGAAAGGGAAACCCCCGUGUGACCUGGGGAGAGGUGAUCUGGCAGUGCCAGCCCCAGCCCUGAGCCUGGGCUAGUCCUUCUCUUCACCAUGAGUAAUGACAUGGACCAGGUUCUUGUAGUCCAGGUUGCCAGACAUGUCCGGA